UUUUACUUCCUGUCAUUUAUUAAGAUGGCGAUGUAAACAAUGUUAAGAGCUGGCUGGCUGUGAGCGAUGUUUUGUUGAACGCAUCUUUUGCCUCAUUUGAAUUCAAUUAUGAGCAGCAGACGAAAGCGUGCUCCACCUGUAAGGGUGGAUGAAGAAACCAAGAGAAAACUAUGCUGGAAUAUGCACGAAGACCUAAAGAACAUUAAUGAUGAUGAGUUUGUUUGUGAGCCAAGUACAUCAGCUGAAUACCAACCUUUAAGAAAUGAAAAUGCUGAUGAAGUGGGAAGCUCCAGUGUCUUCAGCAGGUCAUGGCUUACAGAACCAGAUGAAGAAACCUUCUGUGUCACACCAUUAAUCUCCAUUCCUGUAAAUCUCACAGUGGAUCCAUUUUGUGUAUCAGACAAAACCUGGAAAGCUUUAAUUGGUGAAUUUAAUAUGAUUCCUGGCCCAGCUUCUUUAUUUGUAGAAGAUAUUCAGGAUAGGGGAUUCCUCCUUAAAGGUACCAAUGAACAGCUUAGUGUGUGCCUUCUUGAUGACGACAAUAAUGCAAGUUCUAAAGAACAUGAGUCCAUCCCCCAAACCAUUUGCACUGUUGAAUGUUCCCUUGGCAGUACCAUGUUAGAAGAUCUGAUGUGGCUGCAGAAAAAAAAGAUUAUUCAAUUGUGCCAGCUAAAAUCUGAGAACAACUAUUUAAAGGCAGGUAUUUUCCUUUUGGAAACUGGACUUGGGAAGCCAGAGUUCUUGAGUGAAGGCAGUGGAAGAUUAAAAAAGUCUAAUCAACUGAUCCAGAAGCUGUUGGGACACUUCUAUGAUUUUAUUAUUCCAGACAUUCAAGAUGAGGAAGAAGAGCAAUUGGACACAGAGCUUGAAAGGCAAAACAUUGAAGAACUUUAUGAUUUUGUGAGGCAUACUCACCAAAAUGAAGAUAUAAAACACAGGGAAGAUGUACAACAUCCAGCACUUAUUCCUGUGCUUAGACCUUAUCAAUGUGAGGCAGUCAAUUGGAUGCUGAAAAGAGAGAAUUACAAAUAUUCCCCUUGUUAUGAUAAACAACUGCAUUCCUUGUGGCGAGAAAUUGCUACACUUUGUGGAAAAAGGCUCUAUUACAACUCCUACACGGGCUGCAUGAUAAGAGAGUUUGCUGUGGCUGGACCAGAAUGGCCAGGUGGAAUUUUGGCUGAUGAAAUGGGUUUGGGAAAAACUGUGGAGGUUCUCUCUCUAAUUCUGAACAAUACUCGACAAGGGGUGGAGCAGCAUGGUCUAACACUGCCUGAGGGAAGGUCUGUGAACUAUUUUGUUCCUCCUCCACCUAAAGAUGGAAAAAAGAAGCAAAAUUUAAAUGAAUCGCCAUUAAAGCCCAAAGAAAAAGUUGUGUAUCCAACUUUAAGAAUCAUGUUGCUUACAGCUAUCAAGGAGAUGAAAGUUGGUAAGGGGGCAUCUAUCAAUGCAAUCUUCUCCUACAUCCGUGCCACUUACAGGUAUGACCUGCAGAGGAACCGGCGUCUCAUCAAAAGGACUUUGGGGAAGCUGAUUGGAGAAAACAUGGUGGAACAAGUUAAAGGGCGAGGUUUAGCAGGUUCAUUUAAACUGGGAAAGAACUACAAGGAAACAAAGAAACUCAGAUUAGCCACCAAACAGAAUUCAGAUAAUCAACAAAUUAAAACACAAAUCAGCCUUAGAAGAAAAUUGAAUUGUCCUUUGGCUCUUGAAGAACCACCACAAGAUCAUCUAUUAAAACAUGAUAAACAAAUUCCAAAUGACUCUAAAAAUGGUGUAUAUUUGAGAUCAACAAUGGAUCAUGAUUACUGCAAUCAAGACAGUGACCAGAGCUUAAUAGAGAACUCACUCCAAAAACCUGACCCGUGUGUGGAGAAAGAAAUUAAAGUUACCUCAGCUGAAUUGAAGUCGAUUGAUAGCCAGAACACCAAAGAUUUGAAAGGAUUUAAUCAUGAAGACAUGACCAAUACAAGUUUUGAAUCAGUGACAGGGCUAAAGGAAGAUGGUUUGGAAGUUCAAGAUUCAGAUCAAGUAGAAAACUUUCCCUCUCGAACCACCACAAUGUUUCCUUUUAACACAUCUGAUUUUAGAUUUGAAUGCAUUUGUGGAGAGUUAGGACUUAUUGACUAUAAAGCAAGGGUCCAGUGCUUGAAUUGUUUUCUGUGGCAACAUGCAGAGUGUGUAAACUACAAGGAAGAGAACUUGGAUACCACUCCUUUUUACUGUCCUCAUUGUCUUGUUGCUAUGACACCCGUUCCCACUGGUGCCACACUCAUUAUCUCACCCAGCUCCAUCUGCCACCAGUGGGUUGAUGAAAUCAAUAGACAUGUAAGGUCUUCAUCACUUCGGGUUCUGGUUUACCAAGGAGUGAAAAAACAUGGUUUCAUUCAGCCUCACUUUUUAGCUGAGCAGGAUGUGGUUAUUACCACCUAUGAUGUUCUUCGAACAGAGCUUAACUAUGUGGAUAUACCUCACAGUAACAGCGAAGAUGGUCGUCGUUUCAGAAAUCAGAAGCGCUACAUGGCUAUUCCGAGUCCACUAGUUGCUGUGGAGUGGUGGCGAGUCUGUUUAGAUGAAGCACAAAUGGUAGAGUGUGCCACUGCGAAGGCUGCUGAAAUGGCUUUGAGACUAAGUGCCAUCAAUCGAUGGUGUGUUACUGGAACACCAGUACAGCGGGGGCUUGAAGAUCUGUAUGGACUCAUUCUUUUCCUUGGAAUUGACCCAUACUGGGUGAAACACUGGUGGGAUCAACUACUUUACCGGCCUUAUGGUAGAGGAAAUCCACAGCCUCUUUAUAAUCUUAUUGGAAAACUAAUGUGGAGGUCAGCAAAAAAGGAUGUACUAGAUCAGAUACAAAUCCCCCCUCAAACAGAAGAGAUCCACUGGUUAAAUUUUUCUCCAGUUGAAGGCCAUUUUUAUCACCGGCAGCAUGAGGUGUGCUCCCAAGAUGCUUUGUUGACAUUGAGAAAGAUUUCUGAUUGGAACUUGAAGCUAGGAAGUCUUGAUAGAAGAACAGUCAACUCUAUAUUAUAUCCUUUGCUCAGACUCAGACAAGCCUGUUGCCACCCACAAGCCGUGAGAGGAGAGUUCCUGCCUCUACAGAAAAGCACAUUGACAAUGGAAGAACUGCUUAAAUCAUUGCAGAAGAAAUGUAGAGUUGAAUGUGAGGAGGCACAUCGUCAGCUUGUGUGUGCUCUCAAUGGCUUGGCAGGAAUUCAUAUUAUUAGGGGAGAAUUUCAUUUGGCAGCUGAGCUCUACAGAGAAGUAUUGCGGUCAUCAGAAGAGCACAAAGAAAAGUUGAAAACAGAUUCUCUUCAGAGGUUACAUGCUACACACAAUUUAAUGGAAUUGCUAGAAGCAAAGCAUCCUGGAAUACCACCAACCCUUCGUGAUGACAGACUAAAAGAGGAGGCAGAACAGCUCCGUCAGCAUUAUAUGACCAAAUCCAACUCUGAAGUAUCAGAUGCCCAACAAGCACUUCAGCCCGUUCUUCAGACAAUCAAGGAGUUAAAACGUAAGGUUCGUUCAGGGUCUCCAUGGUGGCUGGAAGUAAUUCAGAGAGCUAUUAAUUAUGCCAUUGAUGAUGAUUUGGUCUUGCGAAUCCAAAAUGAGUUGACAAGUAACUAUAAACAGCAAGCCUGCAAGUUAUCCAUGGCAGACAAGUUUCGUGACUGUAGAGGCCUCCAGUUCCUUCUAAGUACACAAAUGGAUGAUUUAAUUAAGUCUCAGAAGACUGUAAGAGAAGCUGUAAAAAAGUUGGAAGGUCCACCUUCACAAGAAGUAAUUGAAGAAGCCACAAUAUGUCAUCUGCGUCCAGUAAGAUUACCACUGAACAGCUGUGUAUUCUGCAGAGCUGAUGAAUUGUUCACAAACUAUGAAUCUAAGCUCUUCUCCCACACUGUGAAAGGACAGACAGCCAUCUUUGAAGAAAUGAUCGAAGAUGAGGAAGGUUUGGUUGAUGAUCGUCUACCAACAACUAGCAGAGGGCUAUGGGCAGCAAGUGAAAUGGAACGUGUGUUAAAGGCAAUUUUAUCAUUUGCCAAAGCCAGAAGAAUGGAUGGAACUCUCAUUGAUGAAGGAAAUAUAUUUAUGGAAUUGUUUGAAUCAUGGAAGAAAGAAUACAAGCUUUUACAUGAAUACUGGAUGGUUCUGCGGGAUCAUGUUUCAGCUAUCGAUGAACUGGGCAUGGCAACUGAGCGUCUGAGAGUGCGACAUCCUGAUGAACCUAAGCCAAAAGUACUUCACAUCAUCGAGCCUCAUGAGGUGGAGCAGAACAAGGUAAAGCUGUUAAAUGACAGAGUGGUUGCAAAAUCCCAGCUGCAGAAGAAACUUGGCCAACUUUUGUACUUGACAAACCUAGAGAAGUCCCAAGAUAAAUCAACUGGGGGACUUAAUCCAGAACCUUGUCCUAUUUGUGCACGACAGCUUGGAAAACAGUGGGCAGUUUUAACUUGUGGCCACUGCUUUUGUAAUGAAUGUAUAGCAAUUAUUGUUGAACAGUACAGUGUGGGGAACCGUCGAAGGGCAAUUAAAUGUGCCAUCUGCAGACAGACCACUUCGCACAAAGAAAUCUCCUACGUAAUUACUGCAGAAACUGCAAACCAUGGUGAUGACAUCCCAGUGAGGGGAAGUCAUUCAACUAAAGUUGAAGCAGUGGUGCGAGUUUUAAAGAAAAUCCAAUUGAACAGUCCUGGUUCUAAAGCACUUGUCUUCUCAACGUGGCAAGGUGUUUUGGAUAUAAUUGCAAAAGCUCUUCAUGACAACAACAUGGAGUUUGCCCAGAUCAAUGGAAUUUCCAAAUUUCAGGAAAAUCUUUCUUCAUUUAAAUAUAGUCCUAAGAUCAACAUAUUACUGCUUCCUCUACAUACUGGCUCCAAUGGUCUGAACAUAAUUGAAGCCACUCAUGUGCUACUGGUUGAACCAAUUCUGAAUCCUGCUCAUGAACUCCAAGCUAUUGGCAGAGUGCACCGCAUAGGACAAACAAAGCCAACUGUUGUUCAUCGGUUCUUAAUAAAGUCAACUAUAGAGGAAAAGAUGCAAACUAUGUUAAAAGCUGCUGAAAGAAGCCAUAGCUCCACCAGUAUGAAGCAUUCGGAGGCAUCAGUAUUGACAGUAGCAGAUUUAGCAGAUCUCUUCACUGAAGACACUGAAAGUAUAGAGUGACGUAUAAAGAGAAUGAUUUAAAACACAGGUUUGUUAGAUAAGCUAAAACUAUGAUCAUCAUUACCAACACCAAUAAAAGUUAGACAGCCAAACUAGCAUGAUUGUUAUUGCAGAAUUAUUGACCAUCCCUUGUAAGAAUCACAAAGUCUGCUUUUGUUUUUCCAAUUUGUAUUGACAAAAUGUUCUCCUCCUGCCCAGAAUCUAUGACUUUUUAUUAUCUGCCAUUUCACUCAGAAUUUACUUCUAAUAACUUUCAGAUGAACAGAAAAAUUGAAUGGGGAUAUUGAUGACCUGUGUGUUUAGCAUGUAUACGUAUAAGAAAUUAGAUGCUUUUUAUUGUGACAGCAUAAGUCUGAGGUGUCAUUUGCUGACAAACACAAUUUGCGUUCAUAUUCCAAAAAGAGGGGAAGGGUUUUGAAGUACCUGUGUGUGGUAGAAGUUUGCUUCUGUUGAACACUGCAGCAGACUUCAUCUGCCACCGUGGUCCUUAAGGACCAAGUCUGCCCAUCUGUGAUUCAGACUGCCCUAGCAGAAUGUGCUCUUUCACUGAUGCAUUCACUGGUUCUAGUUUAGUUGGAUAUUUUCUGUGGAAAGAUGGAAAAAUGUAAAAAAAAAAAAUAAUAAUAAUAAUCUGUAAAUGUAACUCCAUUACUAUUUUUUAGCAUUUGGUGAAAAAACACUAUAGUGUAUACAUUUACUGUGUAUUCAGUAAUUUAUCCAUUACUGUCAAUUAUUUUAUUAUCAACUUUCAUAACACUUUUUUUUAAUACGCUUUUACACUUUUCAGAAAGAGGACCAUGUUAUAAGCUCCUUAAAUUAUAAAAAAAAAAUAACUAAAAAUAACCUUCUGCAUACUAGCUUUUUUUGUAUCAGUUAAAGUUUGGUCAUGUUUACUAAUUAAUUGUUCAAACACAAGAUGGAUUUGGCAGCCAUUGAUGAUGGUGUAGUUAAUGAUUAUGAAAUGUUGGGUAUCUAAUAGCAGAGCAAACAUCGCUGUUAUAUGUGUCUGUUGUAAAGGUCAAAAUGUGUAGUUUUCCUCCUUUUCUCACUACAUAAGAUUUGAUACUGUAUAAUUUGGUUCUGUAAAUAAAAUAUGUAGGAAGGCUCAAUGAAGUGUGCCUAUUGUUAAGGUAUUUCAUGAAAUAUUAAAUUGCUCCUGCUUUAA